CCGCAUUGAUGGCCACGAAGAGGGCCAGGAACAGAAGGACUAAAGCUGCAUCCAGGAUCCUCACGGGUUAUCUCACGGAUAUGGGCUGCAAACUGAGCUUACCUGCUUUCAUGGCGCUGAUUCCUCAGUGGAAUUAAGGUUCAGCAUUGCCGAAUCCCAGAGAGGUGCCCGCUUAGACCUGCCAAGGAAAGUGAAAUUCCCGGCGAGACUGGCGCAACUGAAUGGGCGCAGCGAAGCGGACACUUUUAGUCGCAAAUUGCAUGGCACAAUUUGUCGCCAGUCGCCUGCGAAAUCCCCCAGACUAUGUUAUAAAGUCGAUGACAUGGCGCCGGCGAAGCUUAGUCACCAUGUUUGCCAGCAAACGGCAGCUUGCCAUCGCAUUCGGUCUUAUCUUCUGGACAUGUCUAGCCGUGGCCCAGAAUGCCAGCGAUAAAGUGGUCAGCGAUCGGGGAGGAAAUCAACUCGACCAGGCGGGUUCGGCUACCGCCAAGGGCGGGUUCGAACCUCCGCCUGAAUUCUACCGAGGACCUGGAUCAGGCUCGGUUUCGAAUACAUUAAGUGGUUCCAGCGCUCACUCCAAGAGCUUCGAACCACCGCCUGAAUUCUACCGAGGACCAGGGUCAGGAGGAGGUUCGGGAGCAGGUUCUGGAGUGAAUCCUCUGAGUGGCUCCAGCACUCAUCCCUCGCUGGGAAGUGUGGGCGAAAGUCUAAGCGAAACCUAUAACAAGUGGCGAGCUGGAGGAGCACAUCUUCAGGACAGGAUCAGUGUGGGUCCUUAUGGAGCCGCAGGAGGAGUGGCAUCGCAUGCACCGACCGUGGGAAGUUUUGAAAGUAAUUCCCAUCCGUAUCCCUACGAGUACUCGCACAGCGCCGCAGGAUUGGGAGGAGGAGGUGGAGGAGCAAGUGGCGCCUAUUUUGGCAGCUCCAGUGUGGAGGCGGGUAUUCCAUUCGACGUGUACGGAUCGCGUCCGGGUCACGUGCUUGGCCACGCUCACUACUCCCCGCCAGAGUAUGUCUAUCCAUACCCACUAGACCCCCAUCCCCACGAACUAGCCGCGCACAAGGGCCCCAGUCACGGCGACGUUUCGUCCAAAGCCCUGCUGGCCAAGAGCUUUCUAAUCCCGCUGGCCAGUGCCGCAGUUCUGGGCAUCGCCGCCGCCCUGGUCAGCAAUCCACUGCUCCUUCAGUUGGGCACUGUUUCUGGACUGGGAACCAUCGUCGGCAAACGCAAACGACGUGCAACGGGUCGAAAUCUACUUACGCACAAAGCCCAUAAAUACACUUUAUAAAUAUGCCAUUCAUAAGCGAUCUAAUGAAAAUAAACAUUUGUCUUCAAUGAA